GUUUACUGCUAAUAAUGGAAUGUUUCAGAUGGGAAAUGCUUCAGACACAUCUGCUGUGUUUGCCUCCACCAUCUCCAAGGAGCAUGACAUCUUCAUGGGGUCACUCUACAGUGUCUUCUGUAUACUGUCCCUCAUGGGUAACUGCAUUCUGCUACUUGUUGCAUAUCACAAGCGGUCGACCUUGAAGCCAGCAGAGUUCUUCAUCAUUAAUCUCUCCAUCAGUGACCUUGGGAUGACACUCUCUUUAUUCCCACUGGCAAUACCAUCAGCUUUCUCACACAGGUGGCUGUUUGGAGAGAUCACCUGUCAGCUCUAUGCUAUGUGUGGAGUUCUGUUUGGUCUGAGCAGCUUGACCAACCUCACAGCCCUCUCCUUAGUCUGCUGCCUUAAAGUCUGCUUCCCUAACCAUGGCAACAAGUUCUCCUCGUCACAUGCUCGCCUCCUGGUGGCUGGAGUGUGGUGUUACGCAUCUGUGUUUGCUGUAGGGCCCCUGGCACAGUGGGGACACUACAGCGCUGAACCUUACGGCACGGCCUGCUGCAUUGACUGGCAUGCGCCCAACCACGAGCUUUCAGCUUUGUCUUACAUUGUCUGCCUUUUCGUCUUUUGCUAUGCGCUGCCCUGCACCGUCAUCUUCCUCUCCUACACUUUCAUUCUGCUGACAGUGCGGGGGUCACGACAGGCCGUCCAGCAGCAUGUGUCACCGCAGACCAAGACCACCAAUGCACAUGCUCUCAUUGUCAAGCUGUCAGUAGCAGUGUGUAUAGGCUUCCUGGGUGCCUGGACUCCAUAUGCUGCUGUGGCCAUGUGGGCUGCUUUUGGAGACGCCACACAAGUUCCUCCUGCUGCCUUCGCCCUGGCCGCCAUUUUUGCCAAGUCUUCCACUAUCUACAACCCUAUGGUCUACCUGCUGUGUAAGCCCAACUUUCGCGAGUGUCUCUACAGAGACACGUCUAUGUUACGACAGAGGAUCUACAGGGGAAGUCCACAGUCUGACCCGAGAGAACGUUUCGGAUCCAACUCACAGCGCAAUAAGGAUGCGAGCAUCUCCACGCGCUUCUCAAAUGGACAGCAGGAGAGCUACGGGGCAUGUCUGCACUGCACUGAGAAUGCAGCACUGUGUCAUCUGACACCGCCCCAGAGGACUGCCUGCAUCCUGACUGGAUCCAGCUACAGAGAGGUGACAGUUAGCCAGCUCUCAGCCAAACCACAGGCCGAUUUCCUCUAGUGGUGCAACCUCCUUCUUUUGUGAAGAAAAUAAAAGAGGGAAGGUGCUCGAGAAGAUGAGAGAUUACUGUGCAUGGACAACAAAACUGCAAACGGCCUGCACACAUUACAAUAAGACUUUAUAGAAUGACAACAUUUGCAAGGACCUUCAAUGGCAUUCUUCCUGAAAACCAAUCAUAAGUGGCUCCUUCAUUUUGAAAUGCCUGAGAUUCCCAGAAAUCCACACUGUGCAAAAACUGUGCUUAUUUUGUCUGAGAAGAUUUGCCACAGAAAUUUAUACUUGUAAUGUCCUGACACCUACGUCCGUGUCGGCUUGUUUUCUGUUUCAUUUUAAUGCACUGUGUACUUAAGUGGAUUCUGAAGGAGCAAAAAAUGAGACAGGAGAACCCCUGCUGGCUUCAAGGUUAAUUAGGGGAAUGGGUGACAUUUUAAAACAGCUCAUCAUGUUUUGUGUACAGCAGGAACAUACCUCUUAAUGCGAGGAUAAAACAUGUUUAAUAUUUGGCCAGUGCAAAUCAAAACAUGAUAUGAAAUGAUAUGUAGAAUUAUUAUAAAGGAUCCUAAAGAUAAGAUAUCACAUAACUUUUCUGAUCCGCUGUAGAGGAAAUUCAAUUUGAUACAGCAGCACAAGAGAGCGUAGUUAACAUCAAGAAAGAAAUUUGCAUAAGUACCUAUAUACUUAUACCAAUAUACCUAUACAUCAGUAAUACCUAUACGUAAGUAAAGAAAAUAAAAAAUGCUAAAAUAAGAAUAAUAGAUACAAAAAAAUAGAUCUGUGUGUAUAUAAAUGUACAAUGUUCAUGUGUAUGUAAAAGCCAAACAGCUGUGGUUCAAAUUAAACGUUUAUGUUGACUAAUUUGUACAUCCCACUUCUACAGCACAGCACGCUACGAGUCAGGAUCAGAGAUACUGUAAGUUCAUGUGGUGGACCUCAUACAGUGUCUGUUUUUAUAUAUGAAGGAGAUGAGGAAAUUGUUUAUGGUCCCUCCUGUGACAUCAGGCCUAACAGAAUAAUAUGUAACCAGUUAAAAUAAAGUUUUAGAAAGGAUAUGUGUAAACAAGUGGUGGACAUACAUAAGUUUUACUCAAGUCAAAAUGACCAUGCAUUCACCUGCUGUGGGCUUGAAUGUUUCUAUGGAAGUUUUAAUCCUGUUACCACUGCAACUUACUGUAACAGAGACAUAAAAUCAGCUGCUGUUUUCUGUAAGGAGUGAAACAAUCAGCUUUUAGCAGCCACUUCAAGCCAAGAAGGUCCGAGUGUUUCAUAAUUAAAAGACAGAUUUAGAUGAAGUAUCACUUAAAUGAAGAGGUCCAUACUUGACGGGGCUAUACUGUGCCAUGUAGUCUGUAGUUAUUCUACUACUGCAAACAGUCGAAACCUGAUUAAAAAAACAUGUUUGCACACUAUAGGCCUUAACACUGUUUGCAGGGGGAAAAAUUGAUUUGGACACUGAUACAAAUAGGACUAGAGAUCAGUUUCACCUCAUACUUUAGUUAAACAGAAAUUCAGACUUCUAUUCAGUAAAAACUGUCCCAAGUUCUGUGGUUGUGCUGGUUAUGGGACCCCUCCCCUCUCCAGACUCCUAACCUUAAUAUCAGCUUGAUUCAAUCUUGGCAGAUGAAUAGUAAAGGGGCUCUACAGUACUUUCUAACAUUAAAUUAACCUGUAAUUUAUUGUAAUUUAACCAUUUCUCAGAACAGGAAACAACAGGAAGGAUGUUCUACUAUUUCUUUUUUCUCUAUGAUUCUUCUAAUUGAUGCAUUAAAUAUUUUUUUGAUGGAUGUUUUUAAUUAGCAUAAAUUGACAGUAAUUCAGACAUCAGUGGCCCUAAUAUUACAUGCACAUUAGAUUAUACUGUAGAUGCUCUUAGGUUUGUAUUUUCUGCCAAAUAAUGUGCAUUUACACUAAGUAUUAAGUUAAAAACCCAUUAUUUAAAUCAAAUCGCAUGUCUGAUUGUGCAUGUACAGUACAAACCAAAAGACUAACGACUGUUUUUUUCCCUAAAAAUCUGAAGCAACCAGCACUUCACUAUAUUUAAUUCUGCUGUCCUUUUUUUUUUAAACAUGGUACUGUGCUUUGUGGCUUCAUGUAUGUAUAUAAAAGAGAGCAUACUGUACAUGCUGUGUCGAUAUCAUUAUCAGAUCCAAUUCUUGUGCAGCUUUAUUUA